AUGUCGCCAAUAGUUCACUGUGUGCGCCACGCGCAAGGUGUCCACAAUCUCAGCCAUGCAAACCACCAUUUGCCCGACCCCGAACUGACGCCCCUGGGAGAAGAGCAAGCCGGCGCCUUGGGUGCCAGGUUCCCUGCAUUGGAAAAUAUCCAACUGAUUCUCUCAUCGCCAUUGCGACGCGCGAUUCAGACCGCGCUGUUGGCGUUCCCCUCAAAGGUGGGGGACGGCGGCCUGCAGGUUAUCGCCUGGCCAGAGGUGCAGGAAGCAAGUGAUCUCAUCUGUGACACUGGCAGGGACCUGCUUGAGAUCAAAGCCGAGUUCGAGAAACUGCCGGUAGAUUUUACAGUGGUAGAGCCUGGCUGGCACAUCAAGGAAGGCAAAUGGGCUCCAGUCGCGGGCAGACUUUUAGAGAGAGCUCAACUGGCACGGCAGUGGCUGAGCCAGCGGCCUGAAAAGGAGAUCGUGGUGGUUUCCCAUGGCUGUUUUCUGCAUUCUCUUACAAAUGACUGGGUGAAUGCCGUUAAUUCACAUGCAACGGACUGGGCUAAUGCUGAGGUUCGCUCCUUUGCUUUUGCACAUGAUGAGGACGAAAGGCCGGCUUUACGGGAGACAUUAGAAUCCAGGAAAAACAGAGGAUUGGGACCAGUUGCCCUGACCAAAGAACAACAGCUAGAGCUGCAGCAGGCGACACUGAAAAUGUGGAUCGAAUGGGGUGUCAUAUUGGCGUGA